AUGUCUGGGAAAAACGCCAUCCUUAAAGUUGUUAUUUUGGGAGAUGGUGCUGUUGGAAAAUCAUGUCUCAUGCAAAGAUAUGUCAAUAAUAGGUUUGAUGAAAAUUCAUUUCAUACCAUAGGGGUUGAAUUUCUUAAUAAAGAAAUCGAUCUUGAUGAUAAGACUUUUAUACUUCAAAUAUGGGACACAGCCGGUCAAGAACGAUUUAAAAGUCUUAGAACUCCAUUUUACAGAGGAUCUGAUUUGUGUUUAUUAGUAUUUAGUUUUGAUGAUAGAGAAAGUUUUGAAAAUAUAGAAAAAUGGAAAAAUGAAUUUGUUCAUUAUGCUGAUAUUAAAGACCCGGCAAAUUUUCCUUUCGUUAUAAUUGGGAACAAAGUUGAUUUAGUAGAUGAACAAAGGCAAAUUUCAACAGAAGAAGCAGUUUCUUGGUGUAAAAAUAAUGGAAAUUUACCAUAUUUAGAAACGAGCGCUAAAGAAUCGACAAAUGUUGAAAAUGCCUUCGUCACAGCCGUUAACAUUUGGUCUAGUCUAGAAGAAAAACUUGAAAAAAUGUAUGAUGGUGAUGCAGUUACAUUAAGUCAAAAUUAUGAAAGUCCUAAAUCAGUAUCAUGUUGCUCAUCGAAUAAGUCAUGA